AUGUCUAGUACAAGCCAAAAACAUCGCAAUUUUGUCAGUGAGCCAAUGGGAGAGAAGCCUGUCACUGAUCUUGCUGGCAUUGGUGAGGCUCUUGGCGGGAGACUCAGAGAUAGAGGUUUCGAUAAAGCUUACGUUGUCUUGGGGCAGUUUCUACUGCUCAAGAAGAAUGAAGAGCUCUUCAAGGAUUGGCUAAAGGAUAUAUGUGGGGCUAAUUCUAAACAAAGUGGCGAUUGUUAUAAUUGCCUUGCCGAGUGGUGCAGAGCUUUCCUGUGA